AUGGCCGUUGGAAAGAACAAGCGCUUGUCGAAGGGCAAGAAGGGUAUCAAGAAGAGAACCGUUGACCCCUUCUCGCGGAAGGAUGAGUACUCUGUGAAGGCUCCCUCUACCUUCCAGAUCAGAGAUGUCGGAAAGACCCUCGUCAACCGUACCAGCGGUCUCAAGAACGCGAACGACUCCCUGAAGGGACGUAUCUUCGAAGUCUCUCUUGCCGACCUCCAGAACGACGAGGACCACGCCUUCCGCAAGGUCAAGCUCCGCGUCGAUGAAAUCCAGGGAAAGAACUGCUUGACCAACUUCCACGGCCUGGACUUCACCACCGACAAGCUGCGCUCCCUGGUGCGCAAGUGGCAGUCCCUCAUUGAGGCCAACGUCACCGUCAAGACGACCGACGACUACCUUCUCCGUCUUUUCGCCAUUGCUUUCACCAAGAGACGCCCCAACCAGAUCAAGAAGACGACCUAUGCCCGCUCUUCCCAGAUUCGCGCUAUCCGCAAGAAGAUGACCGAGAUCAUGCAGCGGGAGGCCGCCAGCUGCUCUCUUGCUCAGCUCACCACCAAGCUGAUCCCCGAGGUCAUUGGCCGUGAGAUCGAGAAGGCCACCCAGGGCAUCUACCCUCUCCAGAACGUCCACAUCCGCAAGGUCAAGCUCCUGAAGUCCCCCAAGUUCGACCUCGGCGCUCUCCUGAACCUUCACGGCGAGUCUACCACCGAUGACAAGGGCCACAAGGUUGAGCGGGAAUUCAAGGAGCAGGUCCUUGAGAGCGUUUAA